AUGCGGAUUGGCGGAGCGUCGGAUCCAGUGUACGAUGAGUACAUAACCGCGCUGGGAGACGAUAUGAAGGGUUUGGCUGACGAGUUUAAGGCGUUGGGUGUGGCUACCAACAGCGUGAAGGUCCACACGGCGGUGGCCAUUCCGCGCACAAGAGGCGGCGAGCCAGUGGCCAAAGGGACAUUUGUGAAGGUGUCGCCCCGAGAGAGGUGGUAUUCGGACGUGGCGCUGCUCAAUGACAAGGGUGGGGACUGA